AUGGGUGCGGCGCAUUUUAGCAAUGAGAGGGUUUUCAGAGGGUUUCUGGUUUGGUUCUGCUUCUGGGGAUUGCUCUGUCUAACAUGCGCUGGGAGGCCCAGUGUUUCAAAGCAGAAUUUCGAAGUGCACAAGCACUUGAAACGCCUGAAUAAACCAGCCGUUAAGAGCAUUCAGAGCUCAGAUGGUGACAUAAUAGACUGUGUUCACAUAUCCAAGCAACCAGCUUUUGAUCAUCCUUUCCUCAAAGACCACAAGAUUCAGACGAAACCGAGUUACAUCCCAGGAAUGCUCUUUGAUGAUAACAAAGUGUCUGAGAAGCCAAAAGAGAGAAUCAAUCCAGUCACUCAGUUAUGGCACCAGAAUGGAGCCUGUUCCGAAGGAACCAUACCAGUGAGGAGGACAAAGAAAGAUGAUGUUUUGAGGGCGAGUUCUGUUAAAAGGUACGGCAAGAAGAAGCUCCGUACUGUUCCUCUGCCAAGAUCUGCUGAUCCUGAUCUCAUCAACCAAAGUGGUCAUCAGCACGCCAUAGCUUAUGUGGAAGGAGGCGAAUUUUAUGGGGCCAAGGCGACAAUGAAUGUAUGGGAACCAAAAGUACAAAGCUCAAAUGAGUUUAGCCUGUCUCAGCUGUGGAUUCUUGGAGGUGCUUUUGGUCAAGAUCUCAACAGCAUCGAAGCUGGUUGGCAGGUUAGUCCGGACUUAUAUGGGGAUAACAACACAAGGCUUUUCACAUACUGGACUAGCGAUGCUUAUCAAGCUACUGGCUGCUACAAUCACCUUUGUUCGGGUUUUAUACAAAUCAACAGUCAAGUAGCACUGGGAGCCAGCAUUUCUCCGGUGUCUGGCUUCCGUAACUCGCAGUACGAUAUCAGCAUUACCAUUUGGAAGGAUCCGAAAGAAGGGCACUGGUGGAUGCAGUUUGGAGAUGGGUAUGUGUUGGGAUACUGGCCAAGCUUUCUGUUCUCCUACUUAGCUGAUAGUGCAUCGAUAGUGGAAUGGGGAGGAGAAGUGGUGAACAUGGAAGAAGAUGGUCACCACACGACCACGCAAAUGGGAAGCGGUCAGUUUCCGGAUGCAGGGUUCACGAAAGCGAGUUACUUUCGGAAUAUUCAAGUCGUCGAUAGCUCUAAUAAUCUGAAAGAACCAAAAGGGCUCAACACUUUCACCGAGAAAUCGAAUUGCUAUGAUGUUGAGGUUAAUAAGAAUGAUGAAUGGGGACAUUACUUUUACUAUGGAGGUCCUGGAAGAAACCCUAGUUGUCAGUAG